AUGACGUCGACGGGACCAGCAAAGGCCAGCCCUACCGCGGAAAUAUGGAUAAGUGAAAAGAGCCUCUUCAUCUUCAUUGUCUCCAUGACUGUUCUAGGCUCCGUGAUCCUAAUCCCUACUGCAUACAUUCGAUGGCGGCACAAACGGCUCAUGGAACCAGAAGUUUUCCCCAUCAUACUUGCAUAUGCGCUCUACCUCGCAAACGAACUUGUUCUGCUCAAUAUUCAGCCGCGAGUCUACCGGCUCAGUUAUGUGACGCUGGGCAUAAAGCCGGUCUACCCAGAAGUCAUCCACGACAGACACGAUGUCAUUGUUUUAGCCUACGUUUCGACCUACCUCUUCUACUCGUCGCUUUGGUGCAUCAAGAUCUCCCUGAUUCUCUUCUUUCGUCCGUUCCUGAGGGCCUUACCAGACCAAGUUUGGUGGUUGAAUAUAACUAUAGCCUACCUUAUCGUCACUUUUGCGUUCGGGUUCCUUACGACUCUGCUCUCCUGUGGUGGGCCUCAACAGCUCAACCACGUUGGUCAAUUCAUGAUGCUCCCAUUGAGACUCCUAUAUAAAAUGCACAUCUCUCACUCCCAGAAGAUUAGAGCUGGCGCUUUAUUCUCUGUCGGAGUACUUUGCAUGAUCACUGCCAUCAUCCGUCUCGUUCAGAUCGGCUCCAAAACUGGCAUCACUAACCCGAACGUCCAAUGGUUAUCUCUCUGGGGGGCAGUCGAAGCUACCACUGCUAUAAUUGUUGGAUGUCUUCCAACCUUCAGAUUACUUUUCAAAUCGCCUCCAGGGGAGGGUCAGCCCAACUACUCGCUUAAAAUGCCUUGUGCCAAUUCCGCGUCGAGUUCGAAUCCAUCUACUCAAGGCCAUAGGGAACAGAGAGUCAUUUCGUUCAUUAAUCUAAAAUCCUUUAGCUCUCGAAGCGACAGUCAACACCUAAGCCGAGGAGAGACAACGGCCUCAUUGGAAGAACUAGCUCCGACUGGCAGGGCAGGGACCCUAGUCACGCCUACAGGGGAAGAUCGCUCUGUAACUCCCAUGCCUUGUUAG